CGUACCUUCACAACCAGCGCAAGCCUCGCCUGGAAAUCACACAAGAACGCACUCGCCGAAGUGCACGCCAACGUACCGCCAUACCCACACGGACCCGCACGAUGGUUCAAGCAAUCCGACAAGGGUCUCUACGGCGGCCAGCGCAUCCAAUUCGGCAACAACGUAUCACGCAAGACCGAGAUCAAGACACGAAGGAGCUGGUACCCCAACAUCAAGCGCAAGGCUCUUUUCUCAAAGGCUUUGAACCGUCGCAUUCGUGUUCGCGUUAGCACCAGAGUUAUGCGCACGAUCGACAAGGUUGGAGGAUUGGACGAGUAUCUGCUGGGAGACAAGUCGGCACGCAUCAAGGCGCUGGGUAUGGAGGGCUGGAGGCUGCGUUGCAUGAUCAUGGCGACAAAGACUGUACAGAACCGCUUCAACGAGCAGAGACGUGCGCUGGGUCUGCCC